AAUUUAUUCAAGCAAUGUUUGACGAAUAUGAUAGUGGCAUUCCUCCAAACUUCGAAAGCAAUGAAUCGUCGACUGUGAAUGUUAGUUUAUACAUCAACAGCAUUGAUUCCAUCAGCGAGCAAUCAAUGGAUUUUACAAUCAACGCGUUUGUUGAACAAGAGUGGUGUGAUCCUCGCCUGAUUUUUUACGGGAUGCUGAAUGACGAUUACUUUGAACUAGACUCAAAAUUCAUGGUUAAAGUAUGGGUUCCUGAUCUGUAUUUUACCAACGAGAAACGUGCCAAUUUUCAUGAUGUCACAGUUCCAAACAAAAUGCUCCAUUUAUACAAAAAUGGAUGCAUUAAAUACCGUUUGAGGUAUGUAUAUGUAAAUGUUAUUGGAUAAGU